ACGAGCAGCAGCAGCAGCAGUGCGACCCCCGCAGCAGGUUUACCAUGAACACCUACCUCUUCAUGUAUGACUUGAUGCAAUUCUGUGGACAUUCCUGGAUAUUUACAAAUAUGAUCAUCAGGUUCAUGUCAUUUGGAAAAGAUUCACUGGCAGACACCUUUUACUCCAUAGGACUUGUGAUGCGCCUUUGCCAGUUGUUAUCUGUACUGGAGAUCCUACACAUUCUCAUUGGCAUUGAUAAAAGCCGUCUCUUCCCCAGGGUUUUGCAGAUCACAGAGAGAAUAAUUGUUUUAUUUGUUGUGAUCAACAGUCAGGAAGAAGUUCAAGGGAAGUACAUCGUGUGUGUUUUAUUUUUUAUUUGGAAUGUAUUAGAUGUGGUCAGGUACAUUUAUAACAUGCUAGCAAGGAUGGGAAUAUAUUACCUACCACUGACAUGGCUCAACUUCUCACUGUGCAUCCCGCUCUAUCCUCUUUCAGUUCUGGCUAAAGCAUUUGCAAUUUGUGUAUCACUGCCUUAUUUUGAAUCCUUUGGCACAUACUCCGUCAAGCUACUGUUUCCAUUUGCCUUCUCAAUCUACUUCCCCUAUAUUCUGAAAGCAUAUCUGCUAGUGCUUUUUAUAGGUAUGUGCUUUAUCAUCCAGAACCUCUUCUCCGAAAGGAAGGCACACCUAGGGACAGGCAACACUGAAAAGAAAAGAAGCUAAGUUGAUAUAUUGUUUGGAAAUAAGAAGUAUAUUCCCAGUGGGCUGCUGCAUAUCAUAGGUUAAAAAGAAGUUAGACAAAGAUUACCAACUUGUUAUUGAACAAGCACAGAAUUUUCAGAAAAGGCAGCUUUUUUUUUUUAAUGCACCUCAGAGAUGGAACACCUCAAAAUAACGAGUUACUUUUUACAGUUUUGGUUUCAAAUGUAGGAAAUGCUUCUGAAUGGAUAUAUUAAACAAAUAUAUUAGAGACAUACUAUAAACAAACAUAUUAGAGAACUCUGAAAAGGUCUAAAGACCAUCUCCACUCACAAUCACAUUAACAACCCUGAUUUUGGUGUUAGCUCUUGCCUUGUUAGAAACAGAUAUUCCCGCUGACAACACCAUUUAAUCUAUAAAAUUAUUUUACAUUUGGCCAACAUGUAUGUGCCUUAUAUAUAUAAAUCCUAAAUUAGCUAGAACUGGAAUCUCUCAAGGAGCUGAAGCUGGAAACUUUGUAACCUAUCAAUUCACAUGCUAAAUAGUCCCAGACAUUCACAAAGGAUCCCUCACAUUCUGGCCCAACCUUCACUUCUGCAAACAAGAUUACAGAAAAUCCAGCUAAACCACAAAGGCAAGUGAUCAGGUAUGCAUGUACUAUAUAUUCUAGGGGAUAUUUAAAGCUCAGAACUAAAAACUUGUAACUGUGUGUCUGGCAGACAUUAGGAAUCUCUCCCACAUUGAUUUUUUCCCAUGCUGAACAGCAGACAGGUAUGCAAAAGAAAUGUGAUGUUAGGCCAAAUACAUGUUAUUUAAAGGGAAGUAAAUGACUACCAGAAGCCAAAUGCAAAAUUCUAACCAUUUUACUCAAGUGCAUUGCUCCACAUACUUCUGUAGGACUAUCUGUGAGAAUGCAACUAAAACACAGUCUCUUCAAAGGCUGGGGAAUGAGGACUAUAGACAGCAACCAAGUGGACUGGCAAAAAUGGGCAAAUAAGUAUUUUGAGGCUAGCAGUGGCUUUUCUGAUGUUUCAUCCAUAUUGAUUAUCACCUGCAUCAGAAUUCAAGCAGGUGAGGGAGAAAAGUGACUUUUUUUUUUUGAGCAUAACUGAAAACUGGGGGUGGGAGAGAAAAUUGGAAGGAAAAUAUUUAAGGGGAAGUGAACACAAUCACAAUAUGAAGAGAGUUUGUGUUUAUGAAUUUCUAAACCAUACAGCCUAAGAGGGCAGAUUAGGAAGAAGUGAAGCUGAACUAGUUUCUUCUGAAAGGUUACCUCUAAUUUUUAUUUAAUUAUUUAAUAUAUGUGGCAGGCAGUGCGUUCAGACUGUCCUGACCAAUGGAGUAUUGGCAGAAUUUAUGCAACAGUAGAGGGUAAACCCUAGAUUUUCAUUUUUGUUCUUGGAAAGCAUUACAAACAGAAGUAGGACUUUGGAACUCGUUAGAGAAACAGAAGCACUUCCACUUUGGACUUCUGUGUGACCCAAACUGAUUUAAAUGUGGACUGUAUGAAGAAACAUACAGAGCAGCUGCACUUCAAAUUAUAUAUAUAACAUGUUAAGGUCAAACAUGGUCAAUUUUCCCUUUGGAAAUUUAAUCUGUUUAUCAUCAAAGUGCCUGGAACUAACAUACCUUCUUAGAGGAAACAUGGCAUUUGCUAGCGUAUUGGGUCUAUGUGGCAAGGCUUUGGCAGUGGGGAAGCUGCAGUGAAAGCCUCAGUGAGAAGCCAAGGGCUUCACCUGUGCCAGACACAGCUAGUUCCAGCUAGCUCCAAAACAGAGCAACUGGAGGGACACUGCCAAGAGAAACUGCAGAGCUGAUGGCAGCUCUGUGAAAACAUACAUAAUAAAAGGUAAAAAAAUGCUAUGUGCAGCUGCGAGACAGAAGAGUAAGAAAACUGUGAGACACCAAGGUCAGUGGGGAAAGAGAGGAAGUGGUGCUCCAGGCACUGCAGUAGAUGCCCUUGUGGUCCGUGGAGAAGACCAAGAUGGAGCAGGUGGGAACCCCAUGCUGCAGCAGGUGGAUGUGUCCUGAAGGAAGUUGGAGCACGGAGAGGCCAAACAGGAGCAAGUUCCUGGGAGGAACAGUUCAGAGCUGCAACCUGUGAGAAGAAAUUACUUUGGGGCAGUUCAUGAAGGACCACAUCCCAUGGGAGUGACCCCAUGCUGGAGCAGGGGAGUAAAAUGAAGAGGAACAAGCAGCAGAGAUGAAGGUUUAUGGACUGACUGUAAUCCACAUCCCCUACCCACCUUGCACUGCUUGGAGAGGGAAGAGGGAGAAGAGUCAGGAAUGAAGGAGUAAAGUUGAGCCUAGGAAGAAGAGAGGGGUGAAGUUGUUUUCAGUUUUGUUUUUGUUUCUUAACAUCCUACUCUACUUUGAAUUGACAAUAAAUUACUCUUCCUCAA